UUGAAUACACUUCCUGCUUCAUUUCGAAAAGCAGUACUAUAAUGGCGGCGACAGACAAUGAACCAAAACUUGGCGGGUACGAUUACGAGUUUACAAGCGAUGUUCCAGAGGAAUUUAGGUGUCCUAAGUGUUGUUUACCGAUCAAGGAUCCUGUACAGAGCGUUCAAUGUGGACACAGAUUUUGUAGCAUCUGCGUGGAAUCACUCCUUCGACCGCCGUCGCCAUCGUGUCCAGUAGACGGGCAACCAUUGUCACGCGAUAAGAUAUUUCAAGAUACUGCUUGUGGUCGAAAAAUCCUGAACAUGUUCGUGAAGUGUCCUAAAAGUGGAUGUCCAUGGACAGGCGAACUUCGAUAUGUAGAGAAUCAUCAAGCAGAAUGCGCAUACAUAGAAGUGCAGUGUCCAAACUCAGAAUGUACAGAAAAGCUCCUAAAGAAAGACAUGGGCUCACACGUGGAAUCCCGAUGUUUGUGGAGAAUAAUACGUUGUGAAUAUUGUCAAGAGUUACUUAUCUUCAACAACAAACAGAAACAUUUUGAUCAUUGUUCCUUGUUUCCAGUCAAGUGCAGUAACAAUUGCGGCUUAAGAGAAAUUCCCCGAAAAAAGAGCGAGAAGCCCUUACAGUUAUCAUUCAUCAGUGAAACUAUAUCGCACUUACCAAUCCUGUUUUUAAAGCUCGAGGUUCACAUUCGUGAUGAAUGUCCCAAAACUGAAGUUGACUGCGAAUACAAGCACUUAGGAUGUGCGGCUGUGUUCCUAAGACCAAACGCCAAGUCUCACUCAGAAACCCAAGUUGAAGGACAUUUGAACUUGGCUGUUCGCAAACUGAAAGUCACUCAGGAGCUCGUUAGCCAUCUGAACUGUCAGGUACAGAAGAUGGAGCAAGUGAUGGCCAAUUUUGAAGAAACGUCACAGCAGAUGGAGCGACUGAAGACUGAAGAUCUAGAGAAAUCAAAGCAGAUAGAGCGAUUGAUUGCCAGAGAUGUUGAGAAGACAAAGCAGAUUGAACAGCUAGUUGACAGAGAUGAGGAGAAGUGUAGGGAGAUGGAGCAAUUGAUGAAAAAGGUUCAAGAACAAACACAGCAGAUAGAAAGGCUCAGAAUGAUGGCAAGGAAGUGUGCUCCUUUUGUUUGGAAAAUCUCCAACUUCCAAGCCGUGUUAAACAGAGCAAACAGAGGAUUUCACCCCCAAAACAUUUUACUAAGCGAAAAAUUUUAUUUGUCCGAGAAUGGCUACAAAUCGCGUAUCAAACUAGUACUAUAUCACAAAGAACGUUUCUUGUCUCUUUAUAUCAGGAUUGUUCCUGGAAAAUUUGAUUCGUUGUUAUCCUGGCCAUUUCUUGAAAAAGUGCGCCUUUCGCUGAUCGAUCAAAACCCAUGCAAAGAUAAAAGGAAGGAUUUAUCAGAUGUUUUGGACUUUGAGAAGAGGAAAGAACGUGUUACCAAACCUAUGGAAGACGACCGAUUUGAUUUUGGCAUUAACAUUCCUCAUGAAGUUUUACGAACACGAUCAUAUAUCAUGAACGAUAUGAUUUGCAUAAUUGUUAGAAAAGAAAAUUGAACUUUACCAUUUGCACGAGCCGUGCACAUAGAGUAAAGUCAACGUAGAGUCAGUACGACUACCUAGUCAAUACGACUACCUUAUCAUCAAGAGGCUGAACCUUUUUUUCAGUGCUCCACUGAUUUUAAAACUCAGUUAUUAUGUCAUUUUAUUCGAAAACCAACCUUAGAUUCCGAACCAACAAGCAAUUGAAACCCACUUGCGAGUUCCACUUUUCCUCCUGUAGCUGGGAAGAAAUUUUCAAUGCUUUGAAUAAACUUGAAAAAAAUCAAACG